UUUUAAAGUUGACAAAAAACAUCUUCUUUUUCAACGACAGAGAUUUUUAGGAACACAUUGUUUUUAUUUUAAAUAUUUCUAUUGAAUGGUUUCCAAAACUGGACCUAAAUGUUAAAGUGAUUGAGAGAGAGAGAGAUAGAGGAGCGUUCAAAGGACACUGCUCUGUAUGUCUAUCUUCCAAUAUUCGACCAUUGAGCAGUCAAUAAACAAAUGGGUUUAUUUGAGGAUGGGAAGUAAAGAAAGUUGUCCGAUCACUACAAUAAAUAAGGACGCGGUGAAUAUUUUACCCUGUGUUCCAGCUACAUCUUCCAUAAAAGAAGCGCAAGGUUGCAGACCUGAUUUUGAAAGUGUAAACAAACGACUAACGUUGGAAAUGAGUGAAGAUAUGCUGAGAACUUGCACACCAUUGGAUCCCAUGAUUAACGUCCUAUUAAUUGGAAAAUCUGGAAAUGGCAAAAGUGCGACAGCCAAUACCAUCGUAGGGCACAGAAGGUUUUCUAACAGAUCUAGUGGAUCUUGUUCAACUCAAAAAGUUGACUACCAUAUUGCGGAGUACGAAGGCCACCUUAUCAAAGUAGUCGACGGUCUGUCAGUUUGUAACACCAGACUGGAUAAUGAACGGUCAAUAGGGGAGUUAAUCGAUGCCACAAAGGUGGCUCUGGCAGUGAACCCUGAAGGCUAUCAUGCCUUCCUUUUUGUGCUGAAAUACGGCAAUAGGUUCACAUACGAAGAGCAGGUCACAGUUCAGGUUUUAAAGAAAAUAUUCGGGGACAAUUUUGUUCGAGAUUUCGGCAUUUUAAUCAUCACUUGCGGGGACAUCUUCCAGCAAGAACAGGACGCCAAAGACUUUGAAGCUUUAAUCUUCAACGAGUGGUGCCAAAGUCAAGAUGGCGCAUUUAGGGAUUUCAUGAAUGAAUUCGAAGGCAGGAUUCUCUUAUUCGACAAUACAUACCGCUUUGACGUGGACAUAGACAAUCCUGUUGACGAUUUGAUUUCAACGAUUGAGAGGUUACUCUACAAACGAACGUAUGACCUUUCAGAGAGAAUUCAGCAAAUCAACGAUACUAUUGUAACCGAGCUAAAGAAGCUCUUGAUAACUGGCGAGGCUACAUUAGAAGAAGCCAGUGCAACCGUUGAUCAGCCGCAACCCACACACGGCUCUAAUGAGACGGAAGUCCUAGCACCCAGUGACAAGAUUUCACCUCGAACUAAGACUGACCAGGAAAUACUGGCCAAGCAGGAAGAACUCACUAAAGCCUUGGAAUCUCUGGAGAAGAAGUUUUCUGAUGAAAGCGCUUUCUCUGUUAGAUAUAUUGAAGAAAUGAAAACCAACUUUGAAAAAGAGCUGAAAAAUCAGAGAGAAAAAUAUGAAAAUCUUAUAGAAGAGCUGAAACACGAUCAACAAAAGAGAUUUGAUGAUAUAAAUAGAAGAAUGCAAGAGACAGCCACCCAAGAAGGAUCAUAGUUUAUGGCAAACGUAAGGAAAAACAUUAAAAAAAAUUAAAACAUCAAAUAAAAAAUAAACGAUAAACCCUGAAGCAAUAAGCGUGAAGCGCACUGAAAACGUACAAAGCAACUUUGUUCCUGAAAUGCCAUUAGCGCCAUAUAAUCUAACAUUAUGGGGACUGAUAUCCCGAACAGUUGCUAGUUUGAAUGACAUGGUAUUCAUCCAUUAUUGUCAAUUAACUUAACUUAAUUUCAAACUAAAAUAAUUAAACUGAUCGCCUGC